AUGAUGCCUGGAAAUGACCACCCUGAAGAAUACAGGAUUGCAUCACUGGUCUUCUACAGUUUUGUAUUCACAGUGGGCUUGCUGGUGAAUGCCACUGCACUAUGGGUUUUCAGCUGCACUACCAAGAAGAGAACAACUAUAACUGUAUAUAUGAUGAAUGUGGCAUUACUUGACAUAAUUUUUAUAUUUUCCUUGCCUUUUCGGAUAAUCUACCAUGGGAAAGAAACAUGGCCUUUCGGAGAUACGUUCUGUCGGAUUAUCAGUGCUUUCACUAUAUUUUAUCCAGCCAUUGCUCUUUGGUUGCUCACUUUUAUAAGCGUAGACAGAUUUAUGGCUAUUGUCCAGCCCAAACAUGUCAAAGAACUAAAAAAUACAAAAAAAGCUGUGCUGGCUUGCACUGGAAUCUGGGUAAUGACCCUCGCAACAACGUCCCCAUUGCUCUUUUUACAAUCUGAUCCAGACAAAGCCUCGAAUUUCACCACCUGCAUGAAAAUGCUUGAUAUCAUCCAUUUAAAGGAAGUAAAUACAUUGAACUUUUCUCGCUUGAUUUUUUUCUUUUUGAUUCCCUUGUUUAUCAUGAUGGGGUGUUACCUAGUCAUUAUUUACAAUUUUAUCCACGGCAAGACUUCCAAACUGAAGCCUAAGGCCAAGGAGAGAUCCAUAAGAAUUAUAGUUACUCUGAUUGCUCAAGUACUCAUCUGCUUUGUACCCUUCCACAUUUGCUUCGCCUUCCUGAUGUUGCAAGAUGAAGAUACAACUUACAAUCCCUGGGCAGCCUUUACCACCUUUCUCAUGAAUCUCAGUACAUGCUUGGAUGUUAUACUGUACUAUAUUGUUUCUAAACAAUUUCAGGCAAGAGUCAUCAGUGUAAUCCUUUAUCGCAAUUACCUUCGAAGCGUGCGCAGGAAAAGUUUUCGAACUGGAAGUGUAAGAUCACUCAGUAAUAUGAACAGUGAAAUGAUAUAA